AUGGCAUAUAAACGGGCAUCCGUCUUAGCAGGACUGCCUGACGCAGAUCGAGAAUGGGAAGACGUUCAAGCAAAAACAUUCUGCAAGUGGUUGAAUACAAAAUUGGAAUCUCGCGAUCUACCACCGAUGAGAUCUCUUACGACUGAUCUUUCAGAUGGUGUUCGUUUGAUCGAAUUGAUGGAAAUAAUGGGAGAUACAAGUUUGGGCAGAUAUUACAAAAAUCCAAGAAUGCGUGUUCAACAAGCCGAAAACGUGAAUAAAGCAUUGGACUUUAUCAAAAGCAGAGGUGUGAUCUUGACCAAUGUUGGUGCAGAGGACAUUGUUGAUGGAAACCUCAAGUUGAUUCUGGGAAUGAUUUGGACUUUGAUUCUGCGUUUCACAAUCGCAGAUAUCAGCGAAGAAGGUGUCAAUGCAAAAGAAGGUCUAUUGCUCUGGUGUCAACGCAAGACGGCGCCGUACAAGGAAGUAGAUGUCAAGGACUUUACCUAUUCUUGGCAAUCUGGAUUGGCAUUCUGCGCUUUAAUUCAUCGUCAUAGGCCUGAUUUGCUCAACUAUGACUCUCUCGACAAAACAGACAAGCAUGCUUGCACACGAACCGCAUUUGAUGUCGCACAGCAGCAUCUUGGAAUUCCACAAUUGUUAGACGUUGAAGAUCUUUGCGAUGUCAAAAAGCCGGACGAAAGAAGUGUGAUGACGUACGUUGCGCAAUAUUUCCACGCUUUCAGUAGUAUGGAACAAGCUGAAGUUGUCAGUAGACGAGUGGCAAAAUUUGCAGAUGUGAUGCAAAGUGCAUGGAUGAUGCAAAAUGACUAUGAAAGGAGAGCGAAGGAAUUGUUGCAUGCUAUGAUCGAAGUACAAAACGCAUGGACAGCAGCAGCAUUUGCAGGAACAUAUGCCGAUGCAAGAUUACAGCUCAAGAGCUUCAACGAAUACAAGGCUGGCUCAAAGAGAAUCUGGGUACAAGAGAGAACGGAUUUGGGGGCACUACUGAGCAAUAUUCAGACGAAGUUGAAGACUUACCAUCUACGUGAGUGGCUGCCUCUCGAAGGCUUACGUCAAGGCGAUUUGGAUUCGGCGUGGGCCCUAUUGGCCAAAUCGGAAGCAUCAAGAAGUAGAAGGAUCAAUGCAGAGAUCAGAAACGCCAAAGAUUCACUUCGAGUUAGAUUUGCCAACCUAGCCAAUGCAUUUGAACAAAAUCUGCGUAACAUCACAACCGAAAUCGUUAGCCUGAGUGGUGAUUUGUCAGAGCAGCUGGUGAAUGUGCAAAAAUCACAAAGCGAAUUGAUCCCAUUACAGAACGACUUGUUGCUAGAAUUACGGGAGACAGACAGAGAGUGUCAAGAGGCCAAUGUGGAAGAAAAUGAUCAUACAGUGUAUACGCUUGAUGAUUUGAUCUUUGAGUUGGAAUUGGUGACAACAAGUGUGGCCAAAAAGCUAGCAUUCAUCGAAAACCAAAUCGUUUCAAGACAACAUACCAAUCUUACACCGGCGCAAUUGGAGGAAUUCGAAAGUACAUUUCGAUACUUUGACAAGGAUGCAUCAAACACGCUCACCGUACCAGAAUUGGGUGCAGCGUUGGCUAGUCUGGGUAUCAUUUAUGCCGACGAAGAUGUGGAAGUGAUUCAUUAUCAGCUAGAACAAAACUUUGGAUCGGUAUCGUAUGAUGCUUUCUUGACUUUCCUACGUGAGAUUUCAGAAGAUUCUACCAGUCCUGAUCAAUUGAUCGAAGCCUUUCAAGGUCUUGCAUCUGACAAGCCCUAUGUUACCGAGUUGGAUCUGCGAAUGGCUCUCUUGCCUCAAGGAUCGAUCGAUUACCUUGUUCAAGCAAUGCCUGCUGCGCAGGUUGAUGGCUUACAAGAGACUGCAUACGAUUAUGAGCGAUACUUGGGCAACUUGUUCAUGUAG